UAAUGUGUGCCAUUUCGGCAAGUCGUGCAGGUUAAUGAGACGUCAAUGAAGCCUAAAGAUGUAUCGUUUUUUUAAGUAGCUACUAUGAUCUGCAUUUUUGGAUGAAAAUAGGUGGCUACAAAUUUUAUCUGGAAAUUCGAAAAUAACGCAUGGGAUAAUUAUUUUCUUCAAAGGACCCACAUGAGGAAAGUAAAUGGCAGUCAGAAAAUAUAUAUUUGGUUAUUGGCACGAUACUUUACAUAUAUAAAAAAUGUGGUCGUUUCCACCCAAACAUUUAACAACAUUGUUCGUUUGCAUACAUUGACCCUACGCUUAUCAUAAAUUUGCAACGUGGCUGUUAAUUCUAUAUAUAUACUAAACCUGUACAUUGCAAACGAUACAUCAUUGAUUAACAUGUGCACGACGCGCCGUCACGCGCCAAAGGUGCCACAAAUGAAGAGAACACACUUGCUGAGGAGGGGAGCACCAUAGGGAGCACCGUUGUAAGGAUCGCGAAUUGGCAGAUGAAAACAAGUGGCAAAACCACUCUGUCAGAAAUGGCCAAAAACACAUCCCUAUAUUUCCGUAUUGUAGAGGGCAGGAGCCUACCAGCCAAAGACGUCUCUGGGACCAGUGACCCAUACUGCAUUGUAAAAGUUGACAAUGAAGUUGUGGCCAGGACAGCCACAGUGUGGAAGAAUCUUAACCCUUUCUGGGGUGAAGAAUACACACUGCACCUCCCAAUGGGGUUCCACUCUCUCUCCUUCUAUGUCAUGGAUGAGGACACCAUUGGCCAUGAUGACGUCAUUGGAAAGAUAUCGCUGAGCAAAGACUCCAUCGGGGCCCAGGCUAAAGGGCUGGAUAACUGGCUGAAUCUGACCCGGGUGGACCCAGAUGAGGAGGUGCAGGGUGAGAUCCACCUGGGUCUGGAGCUUCUCAGAGAUGCCAAGAGGAUAGGACUGCGCUGCCAUUUCAUAGAGGCCAGAGACCUGGCACCAAGAGACAUCUCUGGAACCUCUGACCCCUUUGCCAGAAUCCUCUUCAAUAACCACAGUGCAGAAACUUCGAUCAUUAAGAAGACUCGUUACCCACACUGGAGUGAGACCCUGGAGCUGGAGCUGGAGAACAGGGAGCUGACUGAGGGAGGGAGUGUCACAGUGGAAGUCUGGGACUGGGACAUGGUGGGCAAGAAUGACUUCCUGGGAAAGGUGGAAAUCCCUUUUGCUUGCCUGCACAAGACACCUCUGUUGCAGGGUUGGUUUCGUCUGCUACCCCUGGGAAACCAUGAGGAUGAUGCUGGAGGUAAGCUGGGUGCACUGCGUCUAAAGGUGCGUUUGGUGGAGGACCUUAUCCUGCCCUCCAUGUACUACCAGCCUCUCAUUGACCUGCUGGUGGAGUCUGUCAUCUCUCCUGCUGAGGUGGAGGACAGCAGCCCUCUGACAAUGCUGGAGGAGGUGACCACGGUUGAGAGCCGGCAGGACGUGGCCAUGACCCUGGUCAAGAUCUACCUAGGCCAGGGCCUGGUGGUGCCCUUUCUGGACUACCUCAGCACCCGUGAGGUCAACCACACCUCGGAUCCAAACACCCUGUUCCGGUCCAACUCUCUAGCUUCUAAAGCCAUGGAGCAGUUCAUGAAGGCUGUGGGGAUGCUGUACCUUCAUGAGGUCCUGAAGCCCAUCAUUAACCGCAUCUUUGAGGAGAAGAAGUACAUUGAGCUGGACCCGUGUAAAAUUGACCUGAACAGAACCAGGCGUAUCUCAUUUAAAGGUGCGGUGUCUGAGGCUGAGUUGAGGGAGAGCAGUGUGGAGAUGCUGCAGGGCUAUCUGUCCAGCAUCGUGGAGUCCAUCGUUGGGUCAGUUGCCCAGUGCCCUCCCGUCAUGAGGGUGGCCUUCAAACAGCUGCACAAGAGGGUGGAGGAGCAGUUCCCUGAGCCAGAGAAUGAGGAUGUGAAGUAUCUGGCCAUCAGUGGAUUCUUCUUUCUGCGAUUCUUUGCCCCUGCUAUCCUCACACCUAAGCUUUUCCACCUGAGGGACCAGCAUGCAGAUACACGCACCAGCAGGACACUGUUACUACUGGCCAAGGCAGUGCAGAGUGUGGGGAAUCUGGGCUUGCAGCUGGGCCACGGUAAGGAGCUGUGGAUGGAGCCCCUGCAUCCCAUCAUCCUUUGCAGCGUGGCCUCUGUUAAAGACUUCCUGGACAAGCUCAUCGACAUAGACCAAGAUAGCGUGUCUGAGGUGCCCCAGAGAGCUGUGUUCCUGCCCUCAGUGACAGUGAAGGAGGGCUAUCUCCAGAAGCACAAGGCCGAGGGCCCCCAGCUCCUGUCCCGCUUUGCCUUCAAGAAGCGAUACUUCUGGCUGAGCAGUGAGACCCUGUCCUACGCCAAGACUUUGGACCCCUGGCAGGUGCGCUCUUCCAUCCCCAUCCAGUGUGUGUGUGUCGUGGAGAGAGUGGAUGAGAAUGCCUUCCAACAGCAGCAUGUGAUGCAGGUCGUCACCCAGGACAACGAUGGACAGAUGCACACCAUCUAUAUCCAGUGCAAGAAUGUGAAUGAGUUGAACCAGUGGCUGUCAGCCAUCAGGAAGGCCAGUAUCUACAACGAGCGCAUGCUGCCCUCCUUCCACCCAGGGGCGUACCGCAGUGGCAAGUGGACUUGCUGCCUACAGGCCAACCGCACUACUUUAGGUUGCAGUCGCACUCACUCUGCAGUGACUCUGGGUGACUGGAGUGACCCACUGGAUCCAGACGCAGAGACUCAGACCAUCUACAAACAGCUUCUUCAGGGAAGAGACAAACUCAGGAAGCAGUAUGUGGAGGCUGAGACGACCACAGAGGAAGAGAAGAGACUGAACUCUGGGCUGCUCCCUGAUGGAACAGACAGUAGCAGGCAGCUCCUGAAGCACAGGCAGGCUGCAGCGGCUCGGCUGCUGGGGGUGGUUCUGGAUCUGGAGCAGGCCCAUGCCACCUUCCAGCAGCGGGAAAGAGAGGAGGCCAGCAGCCUCAUCCUGACCCCCUAGACUGGGCCUUCCCAGCAGCAUGAGCCCGGGCCUGAGGGGGAGAGCAGCGUCCUGCAUCAGACUCAAUGGAGGUUUGACAGAAGAGUGUCCAUACAUACCCUCCCAACUGUGUAGGAAAGCUAAAUUAUCACAAUGAAGGCAGCGUUUCCCUUCUCCCUGUCAUAUUGUCUGUUACAUGUGAUAUCAAGAGGAACUCUCUUCUCAUCCAGAUAACUUCUUCAAAAGACAGAAUGGAGAGGAUGCCAAGCCCCUCUGCUACGUUCUUUUCCAUGAACGUUUGACAUCACACUUACAGGUUUUCAGCUGUGGCAGAGGGGCUAUCUAGGGACAUAACUGAUUGCUAUAGGCCUUGCAUGCAGAUUGACUGCCACAUAUUAACUUCUGCUACUCUCACAAAGCUUGGGCUCUUGUCGAUUGAGCAGGACACAAACUGUUAUGUGGAGUGGAGGGGUUGGACAUAGUGUGUCAUUCGGUGAUACUGCAUUAUUGUAUGGCUAUAAUGUAAUGCAUGCCCUGCAUCCAGCGUUUGUGAAACGUGAAGAAAAUGCUUUUGUAUUCAAUAUUAUCAUACCUUGAAGGAGGACGAUUAUGCAAUCUACUCUAGUUUUAGCUGAAUUUACCUGAAUGUAUGCUAUUUUGAUAUUGCUUUUAUUGAUGUUUUGUACUCUCUAAUUGUACAUAUUUGAAUUGAGAACAGCCUCAAUGUAGCAGCGAGAUUUGGUGUUCAUAUCACUGAGGACAUUGCCCUGUGAGAUGCCUAAGUAAAUGUUAUUAAUACAACGGCACACGCGCCAUAAUUGCUUGAACAGUCACGUGUUUCCUAUUAGGAUAUUGUUUUCACUGUUGCCAUGGGCACCUGAGAUUAAUAUUUAGUGAAGCUUGUGUUUGGUACUGUUGCUCCGUGCAUGUAUGUGGAGUAACUCAAACACAAAGCUGUGGCUUUGAGAUAAUAUAUAUUUUACAUAUACAGUAUAGGGUUCACAGUUGAUUGGUUAAUUGGUUAACGUUUCUUUGUAGCAGUACUACUGACAAUCUUAUCCAGUCAAUCCAGUAACGUGUGUUUGCGCUUCUUCUCAGGUGCUUGUAUUUUAAGUAAUUUUAAGACAGAUGAUUUUGAGUGAAGUGUCAUACAGUACCUGUCAUGCAUUGAAUGAAAUCGGACAUAUUAUGUAGAUCAUUUCUGUUCUACUUCAGUUGGGCUCUCUGUAGAGAGCUUAUGAUGGCGACUCGUAACAGUAUGAGCAUGUCCUGUCUCAGCAUUGAUGUACACACUACAUUACAUUUUAUAUGCUCUACCUUAUAUUUUGUAUACAUUUAUGUUUUUCCCCUACAGUAUUGACCAAAUUUAGUUUGCUGGUUUCGAGCUAAGCUCAGAGGAGUAGAGAGGAGUAGUCAGACUCCAAGUGUGUGAGUUGAGUUGCGUGGAAUGGUGUGCGCCAUUUGAAAUGCUUUUCUGUGGAGGUGUGGGAGAUGUUUCAAAUGCCAAACUGUCUUUAUUUUGGUAAUACUUUCUUUAAUUAGUAACAAGGAAGAAUAUUUUAUUUCAAUAAGUCUAAUCGAUCAAGAUAGAAAAGCCAAACUUAUUGGAAUGUUACAAUUUCACUGUUAUCAAAUUAUAUUUUACUGUUAUCCAAAUAGAUUAUUGACCUAUUACUGUAAUCUGUUUUGUAAAUUGUAUUCUAUACAUUCCAAAUUGUAUUUACCAUGGCUUGCCAUCUUUGGAAGCUUAUUUUAGACCACUGUUGUAUUCCACUGAAAUUCACCAAGCAGGCUCUCAAUUUCAAAUCUGGACAAAUAUUGAUUGUCGCUCAUUGACUUAUUUACUGAAAGUGGGCUGCAAUUUUGAAAAUGAGCUUCAAUUUUAGUGCUGACACAAAGUGACUGCAUGUACAAAGUGGGUGGUUACAGAUAAAUGGUAACAUCAGCUGUAUUACUGUGAACUGUAUUGGAAAUAUUCAGUA